AUUCGCCUUCCGAGAUUUAUUUUUAUUUACCUUGUAGUACCCUUAGUACGACCACCCAUUCCGCACGCAUCUUUUAGCGUAGUAGGUUAAAAAAUAAAAUAAAAGUGAGGGUACCUCCACUACCACGCUAUCGGCCGGUCAGCCGACCAAGCUCAUUCCUUUGUGCGCACGCGCCACGACCGCACGCGUUCUAUAAAUAUAAAUAAUAAAAUGUCUAAACGCACUCAUGACGAAUCCAAAGAAGAACGUUGGCAGAGGAAAUUUAAAAAAUAUGAAGAAAAGUUAAAAAAAAGGAGAAGAAUUGUGCUUGAUAAUAUUGAGGAACAAAUAAUAGGUUAUAGAAUUUUUUGCUUAUGCGUCAAAAAAUCCUUCUUAUACUGGCCUGCGUUAAACGUUAUGGUUUUUUAUUCAGGUCCUCAAGAACCAGAAGAACGAUUUACUGCUUACUACGAUAUGCCAAUAUAUGACUAUACGUCCGUUGCUUCGCCUACCGUGCCGGACGAGCCUGAGCCUUCCACUGAACCUGCUGAGCUCGCGGUCACCGCAGAGUCAUCCGCUCCAGCAGCAACUGGGGAAAGUAUAUCCAAUGAGGGUAUGUCCGUUCCAAACUUAAAUUUGGAUCCGCAACUUCUCGAAGUUCUUGGGGCUUUCGAAGAAGAAAAGACAGACUGGGGCGAACCGAUCGUAGAUCAAAUCGCAAUACGUCUUAAACCACUCUUGCUUAAUGGGCUCAAAAAAGAAGAAAAGGAAAAUCUUCUGAAGAAAUUUCCUUUUCCUAAAAAUUUUACUUUAACUAAAGCUCCCACUCUAAAUGCGGAGGUAAAUACCAUGCUUAGCGAAACAAAUCGGAAUCGCGAUAAACGGUUAUAUAACAAACAAAAUCAGCUAGGAUCAGCUCUGAGCGGAUUGACAAAAGCAACAUCUCUACUUUUGUGCAAAGAGCCCAAAAUUCCCGAAAUUUUAUCUAUUUUAUCUGACACAAGUAAAAUUUUAGCAGAUUCUCAUUAUCUUGAAACUGAUACCAGAAAGUCUCUUGUUAUGCCACUGAUAGAUAAAGAACUUGUUGAUACUUUUAAAGAUCGCAAAAGGGAUGAAUUUCUGUUUGGUGAUAAGAUCGGAGAGUUAGUUAAAAACUCCCGUGGCAUUCGUAAGACGGGUCAACUCAUUAAAGCACCGGCAGCUAAUAAUUUAAACUCCAAAGGACCUUCGUCUCGCUAUCGUCAACUUCAGUCACAAAAGUAUGUGACUCGAGGCGGAGGUUACCAACGACCAUACCGCCGGCGAACCGCUCCAUCCCAACCGUCGUCAGCGGUAUCGCGUCGGCAGCAGACAGCGCCCCGCCGUCAGCCAGCUGCGACCACGCUCCAACACAGCGCACAGCAGCCGGCCACAACGGUGACCGAACGGACAACGGGAGCGACUCACUAGCCUCCAUGCCGUCAUCCCAGGAAAAUACACCCGUUGCACCAUCAUCUUUCAUUGGCAGCGAGCGUUGUAUGCGGCAAGCCUUCCUUAAACAAGACAUACCAACCGCCGCUAUAGAUAUUAUGAUGUCAUCACUUUCGAAUAGUACUAAAGCUCAGUAUUCUUGUAGUUUAAGUAAAUGGUGGGAUUACUGUACAGAAAAUAAUGUUGAUUUCUAUAACGUAAAGGUAAAUACACUAUUAGAUUUCCUCACCAAAUAUUUUCAUUCUGGUGCAUCUUACGGUACG